AUGUUCCUCUCACGCGUCAUCCUCAUAUCCAACCCGCAGAACGCCGAAGACGUUAAGAUAGGCCCCAUCCCGUUGCCUUUAUUUAUCGUGGUGUGCAUGUUUGCGCCUUUUGUGAUUGCGGGGAUUGUUUUCGUUGUGCAUAGAUUGUGGAUGAAGUGGAGUCGGAAUAGGAAGGCGGCAGGGGAACAGGAUGAAGUAUAG